AAUUGUCCCGACCAGAGGAGGCGGGGAGGAGACAGACUGAGGAGAAGCAGCUCGUCCUAAACUCGAUCGCCGCACGGUCUACACGGAUUAACGGCAGCUUUAGCGGUUGUUGCUAUCAUAUUAUAGCGUUUCCACUUGUCAUUUCAAGUCAUUUCGACGAGAGAAGGCUGUUUGGCCCACUUUGGAGAAGGCAAACACCCGGGAGAGCUCCUCAUAAUCGGCUGUGUUUCCCUCCUGGAGCGGACGGAGGUUUUUUUUUUUGGCUGUGGCCGGGCAACCCCUCCGGACCGUCGGACGAAAACCGAGACUUCACCACGGAAUAAAAGCAACCCAACCGAGUGUUCGUAGCCGCUGUUGUCAUUGUCGGAUACCGUACAGGCUCAUUUCAUCGCCGUUUUCGUCGUUUUCCAGCUAUGCGUCGGAGCUUAUCGAGGAGAAGUUUGAUUGGACAGCGGAGUGCGCUUGAUUUCCAGUCCGAUGGAUGUUAGCCCUGCCCGGCUGUGGCUCGGCUCCUUCCUCCGCUGGUCUCAUCAUAACAGUGUAAACCCCAGCAGACACAGGUGAACACGGCUGCUCAUAACAAUGCUGCAGACCUGGCAAGUACACAACAGCCCCGGCUUGAAUGCCAACAAGUCGCCUUCCAGUGUUUGUCUGUAAACCUGGAAAUACCAACCAUCCCCUCCUCUUCUUCAUCUUCCUCCUCUUCCUCCCUUCCUCUUUUUUUGGACUACUAAGCCUUGUAUUACCUGGGAUCUUUUGGAUUUACGCUAUUUUAAGUAUAUAAACAUGUCAUUUUUGCAGAGACAGUGCUCCCAGACAGUGGAGCAGCCAGACAUUUAAUUUAAAUCAGCUGUUUUUGAAUAGAUUUUUUUGCAGUUUUUUUUUUUGCAGUUUUUUUUUCUCUUUCUUGUCAGAGGAUCACAUUCGAAUGGAAAAUGGGAGACGCCACCAAACUGGCCUUCGCCGUUUUCCUCAUCUCCUGCUCUUCAGGUGCCAUCCUGGGACGCUCCGAGACGCAGGAGUGCGUCUACUACAACUCCAGCUGGGAGAAGGAGCGCACCAACCGCAGCGGCAUCGAGCCCUGCUACGGCGAGAAAGACAAGCGGCGGCACUGCUUCGCCACGUGGAAGAACGUCUCUGGCACCGUGGAGGUGGUGAAGCAGGGCUGCUGGCUGGACGACGUCAACUGCUACGACAGUAACGAGUGUGUGGAGAAGAAGGAGAGCCCUGACGUCUUCUUCUGCUGCUGCGAAGGCAACAUGUGCAAUGAGAGAUUCCUGUAUGCCCCUGAAGGUCUCCCGCAGAGCCAGACGCACCAGUCCACCGCCUACACCACCUCCAACCCAUUUCCCCCGAAGCCCCCGAUCUUCAGCACUCUGCUCUACUCCCUGGUUCCCAUCAUUGGCCUGGCCGCCGUCGUUCUCUUCUCUUUCUGGAUGUGGAGACACCACAAACUGGCCUACCCAGCUGCCCUCGUGCCCACACAUCACGCCUUUCACAUUAUGGUGGAGGACCCCGGGCCCUCACCCCCGUCCCCUGUCCUGGGACACAAACCAUUGCAGCUGAUCGAGGUGAAAGCCAGGGGGCGCUUCGGCUGCGUAUGGAAGGCUCAGCUACUCAACGAAUACGUGGCUGUCAAGAUCUUCCCCAUACAGGACAAGCUGUCGUGGCAAAACGAGUACGAGAUCUACAGCGUGAGCGGCAUGAAGCACGACAGCAUCCUGCACUUCAUCGGAGUGGAGAAGAGGAACAACAACUUGGACCUGGAGCUGUGGCUCAUCACCGCCUACCACGACAAGGGCUCGCUGACAGACUACCUGAAGGCCAAUGUGGUGUCGUGGAACGAACUGUGCCACAUCGCUCAGACGGCCGCCCGAGGCCUGGCCUACCUCCACGAAGACAUCCCAGGACACAAGGACGGACACAAGCCCUCCAUCGCUCACAGGGACAUUAAGAGUAAGAAUGUGCUGUUGAAGACUAACCUGACAGCCUGCAUAGCCGACUUUGGCCUCGCGCUCAAGUUCGAAGCGGGAAAAUCAGCAGGAGACACACAUGGACAGGUGGGGACGCGGCGCUACAUGGCUCCCGAAGUCCUCGAGGGCGCCAUCAACUUCCAGCGAGACUCCUUCCUGCGUAUAGACAUGUACGCCUUCGGUCUGGUCCUGUGGGAGCUGGCGUCGCGCUGCACGGCCGCAGACGGUCCCGUAGAUGAAUACAUGCUCCCGUUCGAGGAGGAGGUGGGUCAGCAUCCGUCUCUGGAGGACAUGCAGGAGGUCGUCGUCCACAAGAAGCUGCGGCCCUGCCUGAGAGACUGUUGGCAGAAACACAUGGGUCUGGCCAUGCUCUGCGAAACCAUCGAGGACUGCUGGGACCACGAGGCCGAGGCGCGCCUGUCCGCUGGCUGCGUCGAGGAACGCAUCGGCCAGAUGCAACGCCAGGCCCCCAUCAUCGGCCCCGAGGAGAUCGUCACCGUCGUCACCAUGGUGACCAAUGUGGACCUCCCACCCAAGGAGUCCAGCUUAUGAUCGGCCAACGGAGCGACACCGGAUGGGCUCACGGAACCACAUUGGAUCAACACGAGGGGAUGAACAGCCGACCCUGGUUGGUUGGCUCGGAGUAUUUUCUUUCUUUGUUCAUGUUUUUUCCGUUUUUGUCUUUUUUUCUUUUUUUUUGGUUUUUGUUCCUUUUAAGUGCGGGCCGCUACUCGCGUUCAGGAAACACCCUGCGCCCACCUCACCACAUCAGUUGAUAUCCACCUCAUUUUGAUAUGUGUGCCUGAGGAUUUUAACAUUUUAACGGUCAAAACUCUCUCAUCCCGAGGCGAUUCAGGAUUCUUACGAUUACAAACGACGAGUGACAGUGCUCACAUGCUGGGACGACGACCCUCAACGGACACUUUUAUCAUGUAUUGCUUUUAUAUACAUACAAACACACACACACGGGAGGGCGACAUGUUCUGCUCGGUUUUCUACAGAGAGAGGAGAUCUUGCAGAGAAAAUUCACAGGACUCUCAAUGCAUUUUAGUGUAAAAAAACAAACAAACAAAAAAAAGACGAGCACCCGGCUCUUGAAACAUUUGCUGUUUUCUUGUGUGCGUUUUUUUGAAGACUAUCGUUCUGCCAAUAAGCAACGGCUUCUGAAUGUUUAUAGUGUAAUGCUGCUGUACAUAGUGUAUUAUGGACCCAGACAACUUGGUAAUCAAGCUUAUUUUAAAGGGGUGAGGGGGAAGGGGGGAGGGGGGUCCAUUUUCAAGCAUUACGACGAUAAAAACCAUAAACCUCCUUCAACCAGGUAUACCUCAGUUCAGAUGGACACAGUCUAAAUUAGUCCCUCUCCCUGUUCAACAGUCAUAGUUAACACUUCUCCCCAACCUUGGCUCCUCAUUACAUCCAAUCUGCUGUCAGCCAUGACACAUGGGUAAUGUAGUCAGCAACGCCUCGAUACAAACAUGGCCAUACACACAGUAAACACAAGUGUUUCUCUCUGUUCCCUCCCCUUCUUGAUCUGUGUUUAGUUUUUUGUGACGAUUGAAAAAUCACUUUUUAUUCAUUUUGUUUCGACUUAUUUGUUCUUUGUUUUGAUAAUGGGAAAAAAAAAGUAUAGCCCCAUGAAGAUGAAGUUAUGUAAGUGAUUUCCUGUUUUUGGUUUGCUGUGUCGACUGUCGGCAGAGUACUAAUAUCUUUUGCCGACAACCCUUUUGUUGGCCAUGAGAUGGGGAUAUACAUCUAUGUAUUUAUGUCUCUAGAUUAGUGCUGGGUACCAACUAAUCUUUAAUAUUUGGUGUCCGUACAGAUGCUUUAAGACGGUCAAAUUCUUGGAGCCUUGGGAUUGUUUUCGGUUUAAUCCUUUCUUUGAGGUAAAAUUCUAUUUAGAGACACAAAUUAACUCUUGUUUUUUUAGAUGAGGAAGGGGUUUUCCAGGGGUACCCAGCCCUACUUUAGAAUCAUACCUGUGUUUAGCUGAGCCAGCUUGCUUUUUGAUUUGAUUGCACACAUCUUUUUGUUUUUUCUUACCGUCAAGAGUUUCUGCUCUCUUUUGAUACGCCUCAGGAAUCUUUGCUAUACUCACCACCACCCACCUUCUCACAUCUUCCUCCCCCCUACUCCUUCUCCUCCUCUUCAUCCUGACCUGCCUCAGACUCAAGUACCUCCUCUAUCUUUCUCUUGCUAAUUCUGAAGCUUCCUCCCUACCUCUGUCUGGCCUCGUCUCUACUUGUGUUUUAGUCUUGCUGUCAUGAUCACAAUCAGUGUCUCUCCUUUAACCUCUUAACAUCCACCCUUUCCCUUAGGGUUAGGGUGAGGCUUGUAACAGAACAGGUACAAGGCCAAAAUGCUUGUAUCAGACUUGAUUCAAAAGACAGCAUUUGGCUAAAACAGCCAAAACCACUUGGCUCAAAUGUAACCCUAACCCUAAAACAGGUCAUUGGCAAUUGGGUGGAUGUUAUGUUGGAGAUGAUUGCAAAAUAAUCAGUCUUGUCUCUAUCACUGGCCAUUAAGGUCAUCUGUCCUGUCUCUAGAUCCUGGCCUGUACCGGUGUUUAGUUUCAGCUCUGCAUGCUUCUUGCAGAACAUGCCACAAGCUCAGCAUGUGUCUUGAUCUUCAAGUCUCUAUGGUCUGCAGGUAUGUUAGCGACUUUUAGACAAUUGGCUUGUCAAUGUGUGGUACUCAACCCUAUGUUACUUCCUGUCAACCAUCCUGGACGCCACUACACUACCAAAUGGCAAAGUCCUUUAUGACAUGAGUGGGCUUCCAGACUUCUAUGGAAAGCAUCUUGGAAGCCACAGGAUUUUUUUUUGUUUCAGGCUAAAUCUAUCAGUGUGCAGUCUGGUCAUUGAGUACACGAGUUGGCCUCGGUGUCCACCUUGGUUGGAGUCACAUCAAACAUACUCCCACACGGCUAGAGCUUGGCACAAGCCAGGUCAAAUCAAGACAUGUUGUGAUUCUAGUGAAGUACUUGCCCAAUCUGCUCUUUUCCUGAGUUAACCUGAAUAUCGGCAUCUGGUAAUGUAUAUCAACUACUCUAAAACCUGCCUUUAAUGUCCGAUUGGCUCACUGAUGCUCAUUGAUAUGUGGUACCCAACCCUACAUCACUUCCUGUUUGAUUGCUGCUACUCAAUCCAUCAAUCAAUCAAAUUUUAUUUAUAUAGUGCCACAUCAAAACAAAAGUUAUCUCAUGAUCUUUUACAUUUCGAGCUGGUCUAAACCAGACUCUGGAAGAUGGGACGAAAUCUAGAUGUACAGCGGCAGCUAGUGCUGAACGACUUUGUCAAAGGUUCAACAGUGCAAGGUCAAACGCAACUGUCUGUCAUGACAUGGAAGGUAUUUUGAAACCCUACCAGCUUCUUGUCUAGUUCUUGAUUCAACCAAUUAGCCUCUUUGUCCACCUUGGUUGGAAUUAUGUCAGACGUUGUCCCACACUACAACACUUUGUCCAAGAAAGAUCACAUCAACUCAAAUUAUGGUUCUCGUCGAGUACCUGCCCAGUCCCCUUGACUGAACCUCGGCACCUGGUACUUCAGCUAGGCUUAAAUGUACCCAACAGGAACACAAGUCUGAUGUUUGUAAAUUGUUAGUGGCAUCUGAUGAGACCUAUUCUAACCUCCUGGACAGUUGAAGCUCAAAUGCUUUCACUAGAUAAUGAGGCGAUAAAGAACGAGAUACAUAGAGCAACCUCCCUUUAGGUGAAGUUCUAUAAAACCACAGGGCUGAAAUGACUUGUACUGACACUAACCAAACCAUCGCACAGCUAACCACGAUUAGACGAGUGGAGACGAGGACUCUCUCUUUUCUCUCUUUCAUCCUGGUGCCAUUUCUACGUCUCCAUGAUAGUUACUCUUGUAGAUGUCAGGCAAAACGGAUGUAUCUUGUCGUCGCUGUGAAAGCGGCGGCGACAUUUUUAGUCUUUAUUUCCUCUGAGGGACAUUGAACACUGGUGCCGGCAGACCUGCAGUCUCUCCUCAAGCUCUGGGACGGUUUCACAGGAUGCAGUUUAAAAUCAGGUGCUUUUAAAGAUGAACGUUUAGGUUUGUUUCUUUUUUUUUUUUUUUUUUUAACAUGUUGAGAAACUUUUCUACUAAAUCAUUUCACCUUCAGGAAAAUAAGCUUACUUUAUAUCAAAUACACUGUAAGCAAAAAUCAUAUUGUAAGUAAAGGAAAAUGAGAGGCAGUCAUUUACACUAAUCUGGCUAUCCAUGCUGCACAGAAGACAUCAUCUCUAUGAUUGAGCUAUUUGUUCCAAGCACUGUAGCCUCGCACGGAGAUGUCCACUUUAUGGAAUUCUCCCCAACUACUUUGCAUCACAUGCUGCUAUUUUGACUUUUCAGGAUUUUCCAUCCUGUUCUCCUUCAACAAGUCCAAGGAAUCCAAGAAUCCACAAACUGCAGACAUCGUUGAGCUGCACUUGUAAAAUCUUAAAGAUAGAUGUAGUAAGGAGGAAUUAAGGAGGCAAGUUUGAGACAUUUCCAGCAUUGCGACAACACAGCAAACUUGAAGGAAGUUGAAGCCAUCAUCCUGUCAUGUACUUAAUGUAGCAUGCGUUCGAUAUUUGCAUCAAUAUCACUUCCUUUCACUGCUGCUGUUUUUCAGUUACCUGGUAUUAGCUCUGCAUUAGAUCUUUGUGCAGCUGGAACAGUCAGGGACGAUAUGUACUGCAAACACUAGCAAACCCUUCAAGUACUACCUCAUUCGCAGGGAUUUUUGGGGGGUAGAACGUAUGGCAAAUAAACCAAAACAUAACCAGGUUCUUCUCGUAGAAGUUCAUCAAUAGCAUACUGAAUCGUGAGGAAAGGUUGAGAGAUAAAUUUGGUGAAAAAUGCCUUAACAUCUCACCAUUUCAUGAAAUUAAUGAAAAAUAACCCAAGCAAAAGUAUAUGGAACUCAGACUUAGGCUUACAACAGAAGAAGUGCAAGGCCAAAAUGCAAGUAUUAGACUUACUUUGAAAGGGAACAUCGCUUAGUUUCCAUGCUCAUGAGAUGUCAAACAUGGCUCAAACUUAACCCUAGACCAUGUUUAGGUUUAAGUACUUGCUUCCACUGACUUUGAGGAGAGUAAUUUUGCAAAAUAAGGCAAAAAAUAACUCCUUUUCUGCCAUACAAAGCUACAGAAGUCCUCUCAUGAAAACUUCUCAACAUCAGCUGACUGUUGGCUAAGGUGAAAAGGAUCAACACCAGUAUUACCUUCUUCUUGUCCCAAAGUUUGUGCACUAAUACAUGAAAAAAAAAACACCAUUCAAGUAUUGACUUAGCCAGGGUUUCUUCAAACCAGCCUCCAAGUGUUAGUUGAUUACCUGCCAAAGUGGUUGGUAGGGUUGACAAACCAAUCAGCCACAGCUACAGAAAAACUAAGGUGCCAGCGAUUGAUUGGUGGUCGCUUCCCCACCGGUGGAACAUGUUCAGUGUUUGACCUCUUGAGUUUAAACUGCAUCCAAGUAACCGACCCAAGCAGACAAAUACCAUUCAGGGAUUCAGUACUAUGCUUUUCUAAGUUCUAGCGAGUUAUAUGCAACCAGUGCCGCAAACUACCCUACACUUCUGUAGGAUCAGCUGCAGGAGUGACUUUCAAUAUACACACACAAAUAACUUGUAGCAUUUUUUUUUUUAAUCCUUGACCUUGCAUAUUGAUAUGUUGUAUUUAUUUUUUAAUUUACAGGCCUGAGGUUUUGGGGUUUAGAGCUCAGGUGCAACUCAGAAUAAAGUUGUAAAGAGUUGGCUUCAUUUUACGGUUGUUAUUAGGGGUUGGGGGUGGGUGUUAAGUUGUAAUUCAGGAAAUACUUUCAUUAAUUCAAAAAAGAAAAAGAUAUAAACUGUACCGUGCUUCUUUCUAUUCAGUCUAUAUGGACAAAAUGACCGAGAAUGAAUGUUUCUUCAGACUCCUGGAUUCCAGUAUUGUGUGUACUCUGAUGGAUUGAGCCCGGCCCUGUGUACCUUUUAGAGGGCUUUGAGUUCGGCUGGUUUCGUGUGAUUGUGCCCCUUGUCGAUGUAGAAAGUAGUAAAACCGGCACUCUCGGAGCUCCAUUCAUACACCUUGGGUUGUAUCAACGUCUGCCGGACUGUUAUUGGUCCAGAUGUGUUUAGGCCAGUUUACCGGCAGGCUGAUUACUGAUAAACAUUUAUCUAGAAUCAAAAAGCCCAAGAUGAACGUACCAAAGCGCUUUUGUACCAAAUAGGUACCAGUAUGUGCUUUUGGACAUCUCAACAGCCCCCUCCCCAGAGUCAUAGAUGUCAGUACCCUUUUUAUGCUUUAAGAAGCACUUGGAAUGUUUUUGCCAGUCAAGCUCCAUCUGGUUCCCUCAGGUCUUUGUGUUCGCAUCCCUAUGAUCUGAAUAUCUACAGGUGUAUGAAUGGGGCUUCUUUGCGUGCAGACUUUACCCCUUUCUAACCAACUUCCUCCAGCCCAGCACCUCACAUUGCUGUGCAUAUAAACUACCAGUGAAACAUUUGUGUCUUGUUGCCCCCCCUCCCACUAUUUUAAGCAGUCUAUGAUCUGUACAGACAUGAGAACUUAAGUACCUGUAUCAACUAUAUACUCUGAGCUGAAUCUUUAUAAGUGCGUGUUGAACUUCAGUGUUUCCUCUACAUUCAUUGAUACUUUGUCUUUGGUUUUAAGUUUUGGCAGCGGGACCUGGCUCGGCUGCGUGAAAAGAAAACCUUGUCCUCCUUCACAUUGUGGAAAAUAAGUCGAGCUUUGUGUAAGCUAAAAGCUAGAGGCUCAUUGGAGUACUUUGUAAGGCAUCCAAGCAAGAAAGCACUUGGGGUUCCUCUUCACAAGAAAAAAAAAAAAAAAAUUAAAAAGCUUGGAAUGACAAGCCCCAUUAUCUUGGUGUUCCUCAAGGAACCUACCUUGGACCCCUGACAGUUGCAUGUUUAAGACCCCCUGAAGCUCUUUGAGAGCAACUGCAAUACUGCAUACGUGAUACUACAAUCAUCCUCUAUGAGUAUUUCAUUCCGGCAUCUCAACCUCCUGCUUUUUGACACUGUUGUAAGAAUUUUAGAGGAAACAUUGAACUCCAAUGACCUCGCUGCCAGGACUGUCUUGGCAGCAAGAUAGUCUGGUUGCCAGGCAUAAAGUUUCUUAAAAAAAAAAAAGAAA